CUUUUUACAAUUUGUAUUUACAAUUUGUAAAAAGUUGGAAUAAAAAGUUUUAAGAAAUAAAGCAGAGAAAAGAGAAAUAGUAUGAAAAAAGAAGAGACGGUGUCUUUUUGAGUCUAUUUUCUUUAUUAAUUUUAAAGCUGUUUAACUCGGUAUUUUAUUUAUUUAUAUUAAAAAAAGAAAAAGCAUAACCAAUUUAAAAACAAAAAUAAAUAAAUACACUUAAAAUGGCCCUAAAAAGAAAAGCAAAAAUGUGUAGAUUGACCAGAUAGAAUAUAUUUAUUUUAAUGUUUUUAGUGUUUUUGAGGGGUGAAAGGAGGAAAGAAAGCUUUUCUAAAAUGAAUGAGAUAUAUGUUGGAAUAUGAGGAAAAAAAAUUGAGAAAAAGGUUUUGGGGACAUCAAGUAGGAAGAGGGGGAAAUGAGUAAAAAAAGGAGGAAGGGGGAAGGAAGGCUUGUGGCGCCAGUAGGCGGCGGAUUGGAUUUCCUCUCCCCCCUUUCCCCUCACUUUUUCUUUUUAAAUAUAUUCUCAUCUCCUUUAUUUUCUUCUAAAAAAUCCCCCCUCUCAAACAAUGGUGCAAAUGGGCAAACAGCAUGA